CGCUCCACCUGCCGUCGGUGCGGACAGGGGCCGGGUCCUGGCGAAGCGGGCGCAGCGCGGUUUCGGGUCAUCAUGUCCUACCAAGGCAAGAAGAACAUCCCCCGCAUCACCAGUGACCGUCUUCUUAUUAAAGGAGGUCGAAUUGUGAAUGAUGACCAGUCGUUUUAUGCUGACAUUUACAUGGAAGAUGGACUUAUCAAGCAAAUUGGAGACAACCUGAUCGUCCCUGGUGGGGUGAAAACCAUUGAAGCCAAUGGGAAGAUGGUGAUCCCUGGUGGCAUAGAUGUCCACACCCACCUGCAGAUGCCAUACAGGGGGAUGACCACAGUGGAUGACUUCUUCCAAGGAACCAAGGCUGCCUUGGCCGGUGGAACCACCAUGAUCAUUGAUCAUGUGAUCCCAGAACCCGAGUCCAGCCUGGCAGAGGCAUAUGAGAAGUGGCGAGAGUGGGCAGAUGGGAAGACUUGCUGUGACUACGCCCUGCACGUGGACAUCACCAACUGGAACGACAGGACCAAACAGGAAGUGCAGACUCUCAUCAAAGAGAAAGGAGUUAACUCCUUCAUGGUUUACAUGGCCUAUAAGGACUUGUAUCAGAUGUCCAACACAGAGCUGUAUGAGAUCUUUAGCUGCCUUGGGGAACUGGGGGCCAUAGCUCAAGUUCAUGCUGAAAAUGGAGACAUCAUUGCACAGGAACAAACCAGGAUGUUGGAAAUGGGAAUCACUGGUCCAGAAGGUCACGUGCUGAGUAGACCAGAAGAGCUGGAGGCUGAAGCUGUGUUCCGGGCCAUCACCAUUGCCAGCCAGACCAACUGUCCUCUCUACGUCACCAAAGUCAUGAGCAAGAGUGCUGCUGACCUCAUUUCACAAGCCAGGAAAAGAGGAAAUGUGGUGUUUGGUGAGCCAAUCACAGCCAGCCUGGGAACAGAUGGGACCCACUAUUGGAGCAAGAAUUGGGCCAAAGCGGCUGCAUUCGUCACCUCCCCGCCUCUGAGCCCCGACCCAACCACCCCUGAUUACAUCAGCUCCCUACUGGCAAGUGGUGACCUGCAGAUCUCAGGAAGUGCCCACUGCACAUUCAGCACUGCCCAGAAGGCAGUUGGAAAGGACAACUUCACGGCAAUCCCGGAGGGAACGAACGGAAUCGAGGAGAGGAUGUCUGUCAUCUGGGACAAAGCAGUGGCUACUGGGAAAAUGGAUGAAAAUCAGUUUGUGGCCGUGACGAGCACCAAUGCGGCAAAGAUCUUCAACCUGUACCCCCGGAAGGGGAGGGUAUCUGUGGGGUCUGACAGCGACCUGGUCAUAUGGGAUCCAGAUGCCGUGAAGAUUGUCUCAGCUAAGAGCCACCAGUCGGCUGCAGAGUACAAUAUCUUCGAAGGGAUGGAACUGCGUGGCGCCCCCGUGGUAGUCAUCAGCCAGGGCAAGAUCAUGCUGGAAGAUGGGAACCUGCACGUGACUCAAGGAACCGGUCGUUUCAUUCCCUGCAGCCCUUUCUCGGACUACAUCUACAAGCGCAUCAGAGCCAGGAGGGAGAUGGCAGAGAUGCACGCGGUCCCAAGGGGCAUGUACGACGGGCCGGUGUUUGAUUUGACCACCACACCUAAAGGAGGCACCCCCGCGGUCUCCACCAAGGGAUCUCCUACCCGGCAGACACCCCCCGUGAGGAAUCUCCACCAGUCGGGAUUUAGCCUAUCGGGUACCCAGGUGGAUGAGGGAGUCCGUGCUGCCAGCAAGCGCAUCGUAGCUCCUCCCGGGGGCCGUUCCAACAUCACCUCCCUGAGUUAAAAUCCCGGAGAAGGAGAAGAAAAGGAACAAGAGAAAGAGUGAAAACCAAAAUGGUACCUGGGUAUUUAAGAAGGAAAGCGAAAACCCUUCGGAGUGAAGAAUCCUUAAGCCUUAGGUUUCUCAAACGCUUCUCUCUGCCACGCUUUAAUGAUGUUGCUUUGUUCUUCUGUUCAUGCUGAACCUUCAUUUUUAUUUUUCCACUUUCAUGCAUGCAGUCAAGUCCUUCAUUCAGGGUCUGUAACGUGUUGAGCACUCGUGUACUGCCACAUUUCAAGAUGGGGACGGACCAAGCUGGGAUGACGGGAACCAAAAAGAGCAUAACAGGUCUCUUGGGAUGAGGGAACCCAAGCAGAAGGGGAGGG